GGAAAAAAGCAAAAAAUCAAAAGAAAAAAAAAAAGUAAAGGAGCAACAAAAGCAAAGCAGGUGGUCCGUUCCCAUUUCUCUGUAAUUUGUCUUCGUCUCUACCUUCCAUCUCUCUCACCCACUCUCCUCGGAAACCACAGCGACGGACGGACGGACGGACGAUAAAACUUUUGCCUCUAAUUUGCUCCUACAAAUCUGGAAUCAGCCGGAGCGAAUCUCGAAGCUUAUGAUCUCGACUUGCUGAAGAGGCUGGGAAUGGCUGGUAAAGAGGAGACUGAUGUAUCUGCACAAGGGUCUUUAACCAGGGAGGCCACUGAGAUAUGGAGGAGUGAGUUGGAAUCUCGCCGGUUUCAGGUAGAUAGUUUAGAAGCUGAACUUGUGGAUGUCAAGGCUUACCUUGAGUUUGGCUCAGAAGAAGAUGCCAGAAAGGAGUUAGGAGUUCUUUCGGGUAGGGUCAGAUCGACUGCAACUAUGUUGCGUUAUUUGAGAUCAAAAGCUAGAGUCUUGGCCAUUCCUGAUGAUCUAGCAAAUGUGUCAUGCGGUGUGGAACAGAUUGAAGAACUGAAAGGAUUGAACCUUGUUGAGAAAGAUGGUGGUUCAUCUUCUUCUGACGGGGCUAGGAACACUAAUCCUGAAACUAGAAGGUACAGUGGUUCCUUGGGUGUAGAGGAUGGAGCCUAUACUAAUGAGAUGCUCCAGUCCAUAGAGAUGGUUACUGAUGUGCUGGACUCUCUUGUGAGGAGGGUUACAGUAGCAGAAUCUGAGUCUGCUGUUCAAAAGGAGAGGGCACUUUUGGGAGAGGAAGAAAUCAGUAGGAAGACUAUCCAAAUCGAAAAUUUGUCCGUGAAGUUAGAAGAGAUGGAACGAUUUGCUUAUGGGACUAAUAGUGUUCUAAACGAAAUGCGGGAAAGGAUUGAGGAAUUAGUUGAAGAGACGAUGAGGCAGAGGGAAAAAGCUGUGGAAAACGAAGAGGAGUUGUGUCGUGUGAAGAGAGAGUUCGAGUCGCUUAAAAGCUACGUCAGUACUUUUACCAAUGUUCGAGAAACACUUCUUUCGUCCGAGAGACAAUUCAAAACCAUUGAGGAGCUCUUUGAACGGUCAGUCUCAUAUCUUCUUUAUGCAACUGUUCCAUCACUCCUUAACCACAAAGAUUUAAUAUUUUCUUCACCACACCACAAUAUGUUAAUGGUGAAGCAGGUUGGUCACUAAGACGACACAAUUAGAAGGGGAGAAGGCACAAAAGGAGGUUGAAGUACAGAAACUGAUGGAGGAGAAUGUGAAAUUGACAGCACUUCUCGACAAGAAAGAGGCUCAGCUUCUAGCUUUGAAUGAACAAUGCAAAGUUAUGGCUUUGAGUGCAUCAAACAUAUGAAAUUUGCUUUAUCUUUGCAUUGUUGUUGGCUCAUCUCUUAUUUUUUUCUUGAGACAAUGCUUUCGCAGAAGUAGAUGAAUGCAAUCUUCUUCCUUCAUUGUUCUUUGCUUCAAAUGUGACAUUGUAAUUUUUUAUCUGUAGAUUAUUAUGGUUUAUGCAUAAGGAAGAAUGUUCGUACUCCGAAACGGC